GCUGGAGGAGUGAUACUGUGCCGUGGCUCCUUCCUGCAUCACUACACUCCGAAUAAAAAUAACAUUAAGUGUAUUUUUGGCAAAUUAACAUCAUACAAUGUUCCAUAAGACGAGGCCUGUUGUUGGUGAAUUAAUAGAAAACAAUGCAUCUCCCUCUUUUUAAACGACAGACAGAACAAAAUAUAACCAUACAAAGGAGAACAUCCAGAGUUUAUAGGAGUGAAUCCAUCUGGGGGCUUUUUGAGUGGGGCAAUAUGAUUGUUUACUAUUAGAUGAAUUAGACUAAUAGGGCUGGUCUUGUUUUUGUCCACGCGGUCUGUCUGAUGAGGGUCUUUUCUACCUCUUUUCCAGUCUGACAGGCUAAUUCGUUCCCUGCAUCACUGCAACGUCGUGCCCGUUCCUCUCUCCCCACUGAACGCGGGAUAAAUGACUGACCCCGCGGUUGUCAGCAUACCUGCUGAAUCGCACUGCGCGUGUUAAACUAUCACCGGGUAAAGCUGACGGACACGCGCAGUUUCUGCCCUCCAACACGCUCUUUGUUGUCUCGAGGAGCAUGGGCGAGGGGCGUGGCUUGUUUUACAACUGGGCGGGGCGCGCCGCAGCUCGAGGCCUGCGAUUGGAGCAGAUUUCAACCCAGCGACUGAGGAGCGACUCCGUAGCAAAUGAGAAACGCCCCCCUCCCCGCGCCGGGAAACAAAGUUAAAAACAUCACAGCGGCUCAACAGAUGAAACAGGGAGAGGGGGAGCGGCAGGAGGAGCAGGUAAAGGAGGAUUUCAGCUGGAGGUGACAGACCAUCUUCACUGAGGCUGCUUGUUAGGACGAGUUUAACAGCCUAAGCGAGGUAAAAAGCGAGUUUAGGCUUGGUUUAGCUGCUUAUUGCUGUCGUUAAAUGCGGUCGUUACUCAAAGCUGCCCCGCUCCUGCUGUUGGUCGUGUAUCCGCUGCCAGCUGUAGCGUCUGAGGUGAACAGGUGGUGAAUGUGUCAGUCUCCGUUCAGGGCUCCGCCGUUUGGACUUGUGUGGGAGAGUUUAGUUCUCAUGUCCUAGUGCUGCCAGUCCGCCGCGCUCACAGCUCCCGUAACCCGACUCGGUAACGAAACGAAGUGAAGUCCACUGAAAAGGCGCCAGGAUGCCCGAAGCUGGCACGGACAUGAGCAUGGACAGGCUUUUCGGGGUGAAAGCUCCGACCUCGGUGGCCCCGGAAAGCCUCCCUGCCUCUUCUUUGGGCAGCGGCCCUCCUGGAGACAUCCUCCGAAACUUCUACCACACCAAGAGAGUCGGGAACUAUCUCAUCGGCAGAAAGCUGGGAGAGGGGUCUUUCGCCAAAGUUCGCGAGGGUCUUCACGCUCUGACUGGAGAGAAGGUGGCGGUGAAGGUGAUAGACAAAAGAAAGGCCAAGAAAGACUCGUAUGUUACGAAAAACCUUCGUCGGGAGGGCCAGAUCCAGCAGAUGAUCCGCCACCCCAACAUCACCCAGCUUCUGGACAUCCUGGAGACAGAGAACAGCUACUACCUCGUCAUGGAGCUCUGCCCAGGAGGAAACCUCAUGAACCACAUCUACGAGAAGAAGCGGCUUGACGAGAGGGAGGCGCAGAAGUACGUCCGCCAGCUAGUCAUGGCCGUGGAGCAUCUGCACAGGGCUGGAGUGGUACACAGAGAUCUGAAGAUUGAAAACCUUUUGCUGGACGAACAGGACAACAUAAAGCUGAUAGAUUUCGGGCUGAGCAACUGCGCAGGAAUCCUCGGAUAUUCAGACCCUUUCAGCACUCAGUGUGGCAGCCCAGCCUACGCCGCCCCCGAGCUGCUCUCAAGGAAGAAGUACGGGCCCAAAGUAGACGUCUGGUCAAUCGGAGUCAACAUGUACGCCAUGCUCACCGGCACCCUCCCAUUCACGGUGGAGCCGUUCAGCCUCAAAGCCCUUCAUCAGAGGAUGGUAGACAAGGACAUGAACCCUCUGCCUCCUUCACUGUCCUCAGCUGCAGUCAGUUUACUGAAGAGCCUUCUAGAACCCGACCCUGCUAAAAGGCCCAACAUCCACCAGGUUAUGGCAGACUCAUGGCUACAGCUGGGCAACCCACACACUGGAAUCCCUUACUUGAACCGGAUCCAUAUCGAAGAGAUUAACCACACAGUUCUUCUGCACAUGACUGAGCGGAUGGGCUACAAGCACAGUGAAGUCCUCAGCGCUGUCCUCACAAACCGAGCCUGCCACACUCUCGCUGUCUACUUCCUCCUGAACAAGAAGAUGAAGAGACUCUCCAAAGAAUAUCGGGAGAAGCAGUACAGCAUGGAGAAGGAGAAAAAGAGCGAACUGUUCCAGACGCAGUGGAGAAAGCACAUUGAGAAGAUCACCAUCCCCCCAAAACAGACGCCAGUCUAUCUUGCUGUGAGCAAAGGCCCCACCAAGGAAAAGAAACAGAAAACAGGGCUCCUUAAAGCGAUGACCGGCCUCAAGGAAGCUUAUUCAGGCCAGGGCGGCUGCAUAGCCUCCUCCUCGCUGGAAUAUCUGGAAAUCCACCCUCUGUUUCCCCAAGAAGCUCGCCGACUGGACGCCCAGCCGCCCCCGAAAGAGAGCUCUAAAGAUGUAAAAGCCGUGGACGUCCCAGCCCGGCCGCCCUCCUCUCUCGGCGCUCACUCCUGGGCUUCUGCGAGUAAGGAGCCCAGCAAAGAGGCUCCGCCAUCGCCCUGGUACAAGCUUACCAAUGGCGCUCUCUCCCCACCCCGCCAUGUGUCAGCUUUCCAACCGGACAGUUCCUACCUGAAGAAGGCUACCAUCCCCAGCCCCCCAGUGCUCAUUGUCAAACCUCAGCCCAAGAAGAGCCCCCCCACCACGGACUGGCCAACCCCUAGCCCCCCUGAGUCCAGCAGUGGGGGCAGCGGAGGCAGCGAGGAACCUGACAGCCCACAGCACCGCAGCAAGUUCCCCUCCAUGGGUAUCGGACAGAUUCUGAAGAAGAAGGUGCCACCGUUCACCUUCCAGGUGCCUCCGUUUAGGCCAGAGCCAGCGGUGGAGGUGGAGUCGCCGACUCCCUACCACAUGCAAACUCUGCUCUGUGCCUCUGGGGCCCUGAAGACCCUGUGCUGAUUAACGAGACUUUGUAAAGUUUAAGUAAAACACAGUUAAAGGAACAGCUCGACCAAACGUGCUAAUGUGACUAGCAAUUAAUGGAAGAUAUUAGCCACCAGUUGGCAUCAUUUAAUUUGGGUACUGUUAACAGGUGGCUAACAUUUAGCAUUUUUGACUGAACCGUUCCUUUAAAAAAAAAAACACAUAGAAAUUAUAUGCAGUAAUCGUAUUCACCACCAUGGCUUUUAUUCAAUAUGAAGCACCAGGGCUUCCAACGUGACUGGGCGAUUUAGCGUAAACCCUUUGGGGAGUUAGUUGACUUCUGUCCUUAAUAUGCACAGAUAGAACAGAUGCCUGUCUGUAGAGAGCACGCACACUCCAGCUCCGAACACUGUGUUAGAUUUAUUACCUCUUACGCAACACUGCCAGUGGCGUGUCUGUCGCUAAGACGGACCCUCACGAGCGUCAAGAAUGCUGACUUUAAUAUCUGUUUCCAUAAAGCAGUUUUUUCGCCAUCUGCCGCUGCAAUCCCCGCUCGAGGAACAGAUAAUCUUCAUUAGACCACUCACGUUUCACAAUGUUAAGAGAGAUGCUGCACCACUGCCAGUACGGUAUAUUUGCAUGUGGACCUCGGAGCUCCCGUGAAGCACCACAGCCUGAGAACGUUCGUACGCCAUCCGUUUUUAUUCCAUAGCUGUGUGAGUCAUUUGCUGGAUAGUUACGCCUCACAAGUUACACCGACACUCAGGUCUAGCUGUACUUCACAGAUGAAGUCUUCUCCCUUUAGCCUUGCUGCGAACCUGUUGCUCAACUGUUAACAUUCCUUUGUCCCGCUUCCCUCAAACGAAGGAGGUUGCUGAACUUGUAUAGCCUUAAAUAUCUUACCUUUUUAAGCCCUUUGGCUAAAAUGGGAGAACCUGAAGCAUCACGUUACAUCCUGUAGCCUACGUGUUAUCACUUCAAACGAAUAAGGGGGGGGGUCAUCGUCACCUGUGUAACACACAUGAUCAUGUUGAAUGAUAUGGUAGACUGUGCAAUAGUGCGUACAUAUUGAUAGUCCCCAUGCUGUACAUUGCCGAGACGCUGUUUUCUUUCCGGUUCAUCGGACGGUUGUGGUCCCGUGAUGUGAGAACUGCUUGUAAAUAUGAUCUCCAAGUGUCUUUCAUCUCAUGCGUACUCAUGUUCAAACUGCUCUCAUCGCACACUACUGUAGUUGAGGUAAAAAGCUAUUGGCUUUUCAGAGUCUUCACUUGCACAGAAGGCUACGAACUGUUUAUAAAUGAACUCUUUUCCAACGUGAACUACUUCUUUGCAUGCACUGACAAUGUUUUUUUUUUGGGUGGGCUGGGAUACUCGGUGUCAGUUUUUGGAGACUUCUUUGUACCUCUUUGUUACGGCGAAGAACGGAUCUGAGAUUGAAAGUCUUUUGAACUCUGAAGGUCCUUUUGUAAGCUUUUGUAACGAGUUGCUGUGCUUAAGUGAGAAGAGAUUUUUAUGCUGUAAAAAAGAUUUUAAAUAUUUAAUAUUUAACAUUUCCAAAAUGAAUAUUUGUGUACCGAGUUUUGCUUUUCCACUCAACACUUGACACUUCUUAUUACACAAUAAAAAUGUAAAUGCUGA